AAACUAACCCUAAUCUCCAAACCAUCUAUUCUCAAGUUCUCCAAGAUGUAGCCCAAAGAGUUAAAAAGGCUUUUCAAGGCUUCUUUUUGAGAUUAAGAAGCAAAACAGAUAAAGCAGGUUAUCCUCGUUUCAAAUCUUUUGGGAGAUAUGACAGUUUCACCUACUCCCAAAAUAAUAACAGUUAUAAAUUAGAACAAGGUAAAUUAAGAUUAGCCAGCAUUGGUAAAGUGAAAAUCAAACUCCACCGAGAAUUAGAGGGAGAAGUGAAAACUUGUUCGAUAAUUGUCAAAAAUGGCAAAUAUUAUGCUUGCUUCUCGUGUGAAGUUGAACCUAAAUUGCUUCCAAAAACAGGUAAAAAAGUUGGAAUUGAUUUAGGCUUAACUUCCUUUUUGGCUACUUCGGACGGGGAAUUAAAAGAAGCACCCAAAACUUAUCGAAAGAGUGAAAAAGAAUUAGCCAAAGCAGGUCGGAGAGUUAGUCGACGAGUUAAGAGAAGCAAAAGGAGAAAAAAAGCCGUAAUUCUUUUGGCUAAACAGCAUGAGAAAGUGGCUAAUCAAAGAAAAGAUUUAGCCCAUAAACUAGCCAAAGAAUUAGUAGAGAAGUAUGAUGGUAUAGCCCAUGAGAAAUUAACUAGUGAACUACCCCUACUUAUAGAAGUGGGGGCUUCUCGGUUCCUAGACAAGGCUAUCACCUAG